AACUGUAAAAAUGAUUUCAAAAGUGUAAUAUUGUGAAGAAAAUGCUUGUACAGUUAAUAAAUGUAUAAGAUAUUCAAGAGCGCCAUAAGGUACUGAUUGGUAUUAUUAGUAUAAAUUAGUAUUCAUAAAAAACAUGCAGUUCCACCCGAGGCCAGUAGAGGGCGCCAUAUGACUGUGUUAUAACCAGCAGUACGGCUUUUAUUGAUUUCCAACAUUUAGGAACAUUUAUACACAAACUAAUGACAAACUUAAUCCAGCUGUCCUUUAAACAUAAUUAGAGAUACAUCUAACAUGAUUAUACACAUGUUAUAAACUACAGUGAUAUAAAUAAGGACCAAUUAACUACUAUACAGUUAAACUAAUCACCACAAUUAGCCAUUUAUACUUCACCUGUGUCUAUAAAAUAACAUCUUCCAUCAUUAAACCUCCCCAGUGUGACAUGUGAAGAGUAUGAAGUGUGUAUUUCCUGCAGAAUAAAAGUGUCACUACUAUGUAAAAAUGCGUUUAAAAUCAGAAAGCCACCAUGCAAACUGCGUCACCGUACGAUAAUAGGAAUAAAAGCUAUGAAGUAAAACUUAUUACACUUGUCUCCGGUGUUUCCUCUCUUCUUCUUCUUCUUCUUCUUCUUCUUUUUCUUCUUCUUCUUCUCGUCACCACGUUACGUACGCAGCGUGCCCGCAGCCAAAUAACAUGGAGUCCUCCGCCUGGCAUCUUCCAGGGAUCCCUGCGAAACCCUGAGCUCCGACCACAGGGGGCAAGUUCCUGCAUUCAGAGCCGGGCGGAGAGCAUCGUCCCCGGCUGUAUACAAGCUCCAGCUCCCGGCCUGAAACUAUGCCGCGCGGUGCUUAGAGCCGCCUCCCUCUGCGAGCCGCAAAACCUGGCCGAUUGCAAAGAAGAGGAGGCUGCACAAUGUAGGAGUUCUGGUCUCCAGUGGGACUCCAUACUGUUCUCUGGGGGGACCAUGGAGCCAGAGACCCCAGGGACCAGCUAUGGGCCCCCAGCCUCCAACUCAGCACAAAACCCCCCCACCUCCCUCAACUGCACCUUACAGUCCUCAUGUUCUCCACAUGUGAGAGACGACCUGAUGUCGGCCAAAUGCUCGAGGGCCCAGGCUGGAGAUGAGGGCCCGGAGGCGGGGAGGAUCUCCCAGAGGAGACCCUCAGCCUUCCCCUCCUCCCUCAGCUGGGACUCCGACUCUGAGAGAGAAACCCUCGAUGAGGAGGAGCUCCAGCACUUCUCUAACCCUCACGGUCUGGCUGCUCACAGCCCGGGAUCUCCUUCUGCUGGACUCAGACUUGACAGUGAAGAUGACCGAGAACCUGGAAAAGUGCAGCACUUGCAUACCAAGCCUGACUCAUCUCCCCCUGUGGAGGGGCACGGUGACAACAACGAGAGCACAAAGGCAGACGAGCCAAACACAUCCCAUCCCAGCCAAACAGACUGUGAGCACAGCGAAGUGUGGAAUGUAUCCGAGGAGCUGUUUCUCUCCAAAGUAAAACCAAAGGAAGGUUGCCAAAUGGAAGAGGAGGCGGAUAAUAGCGAGGCAGAGAAGAGGCCCACGGGAAAGGAAACCAAGGAGCCCAAGAGAGAUGUGUACACCUUCCCAGGAGACUCUGAUCCCGAGAGUCCCCCCCCCGCCCCCUGGGCUCAGUGAACAUUCAUUCAGCGGUGCAGAAAGAAGAGGUGCUGGCUCAAGCCUUCUCUGGACUUGGCACUUUGAAAACGCACAUUGCCUCAGACUGACAGUCCUGGAGAAUCAAACCCCACCCGAGCUGAGUCAAGCUGGAGGGGGUGUUUUGAUUUUGAGGAGGCAGCAGAGGAAGAACCGAAAAAAGAAAAGGGCUGUAAAGAUAUCUUCACCUGUGUGGAAUGUAGCAUUUACUUCAAAAAGCAAGUCCACCUGCAGGAGCACAUAGUGGAGCACUGUGAGAGUGGGGCGGGGGUGGGGCAGGCGUUUGGGAAGGACGGACGUUUUCGGUCCGAGUGCGGCUGGAACCUGGCCAAUCGGAUCGCACUGUCCGAUCAUCAUAGGAGGCACCAGGAGUCCCGUCUGAAGAUCUUGGGGGAGAUUGAGAAGAACUGAUGAAAAUGGGAAGGCGAGAGAGAUUCUUCAGGGUAAGACGGUGAACAGCGUAUGAGCUCAGCUGUGAUGCAAGAUGCAAGCCCGGCCUCGAUUCCAGGGAAAAUGUCAGACCCUGAAAUAGUUGCACCUCUUUCCCCCAGUUUUUCAACACCACAGGCAGACUCAGCCGACCUCCUACGGUUCCUCGAGCUUCAGGCCCGACGGCCUUUCAUCUGCUCUACGUGUAACUUCAGCCACAAGAACCCCCAAGCGCUGGCUAAUCCACGCCAAAGACCCCACCACCAGGAAGAAAGAACGCACCGCUCUCCUGGCGGCUCUCCCCGGACAUGUUUGGCGUCCUCUUCCCUGGCUUGUGGUCAUUGUGCCUUCCUGACCGGGUCCAGUCAGAUUGUAAUGAGGGAACACCAGAAAGUCUUGUUCACCACAGGACAGGCAUCCGUUUGUGGGCCGCAAGCUGAUAAGACUAGAACUUCAAAACCCAGCCUGGAUUCGGCUCUCUCUGGGUCUGGGUUGCUUAAUGUAAGUCGAGGAGAAAGCCAGGAGGUAGUCUCUGCCUCUGAGGACAUCAUGAUGCCAAACUCGUCUCCAAGCAGGAUGGUUUUUAAGCGCGUAGGGAACAGAUACAGCAGAAGCAAGCGAGGGAAAUCUUGGACCAAUCUUGCAAAGUUUCUGGGUGACGACAAACUGGCCGGGAAAGAAGAGCAGGACGAAGAUCAGAGCACAGUCACACAAUCACUUAUUGGAGGAGGGAAACGGCACACCAGAGCACAAUCCAACACAGAGGACUGCUCAGCACAGAACGCUUCCCUGUCCCUCCCUCUUAAGAAGUGUGUGAAGGAAGAAGAUGACCUGGAAGUGGAGAAAGAUGGAAAGCUUUUACUUUUGAGGAGAAGCCACCGGGUUCCCGCUGCUCUGGCAGAAAUUGACAGCGAUGACGACGACGAAGACAUCGACGAAGAAAGUGUUCGGCGCUUCCUGUCAGAGGGCUUCUUGGAUGUGGACUCGGACGAGAUGGAUGAGGACUCGGAGGCGCUCAGGAGCGUGGAGAGGAAAUGCCCCUACUGCCCCGAUCGGUUUCAUAACGGCAUCGGGCUGGCCAAUCACGUGAGAGGCCACCUGAACAGAGUGGGCGUCAGCUACAAUGUCCGCCACUUCAUUUCCCCCGAGGAGGUCAACGCCAUUGAGAAGAAGUUCUCCUAUCAGAAGAAGAAGAAAAAAGUUGCCAACUUUGACCCGAGCACCUUCAGCGUGAUGCACUGUGAGUUCUGCAGCGCGGGGUUCGACACCCGGGCCGGCCUCUCCAGCCACGCCCGGGCUCACCUCCGAGACUUCGGCAUCACCAACUGGGACGUCACCAUCUCUCCCAUCCACAUCCUGAGGGAGCUGUUCCUCAGCAGGCCUGAUCUUGUAAUCCCCACCGAUCCCCCUCGGAGCUCCGGCUCUUCACAGGAGGAGGAGGAGGAGGAAGAAGAAGAGGAAGGAGAUGAAGAGGAGGAGAGGGAACUAGGGAGCGGGAUCGUAAUGGUGAAGCUGGAGGAGGAGACGGAGAGUGAAAGGAUGCUGAGAGAUUCACUGCCUUCAGGAUCUCCUAAACGAUGCAAGAAGGAGGACGGGGAAGAAGAGAGCGAAGGUGAGGAUGAGGAAGCAGCUGAGGAUGAGGAGCAGCUCCAGCUUCCCACUCCGGAGGGUCUGAGCUCCGGGGAAACAAGGCAGCGCAGCCUGGACUCGGGAAGCCUCUCUCCUGGGGAGGAUGCAGACUCAAAGGUCCGCUCCUUGAAGUGUGAGGUGUGUGGAUCUCAGUUUGCCACGAGGCGGGGUCUCUCCAUCCACGCCCGCUCUCACCUGCGCCGGCUGGGCCUCAGCGCCUCCGAGAUCCGGGGGGCGUCCGUCGACAUCCUCCGCCAGAUCUCCAAGCAGCGACACGUGGACGGCCAAAAACAAAUCUCCUCUCUCCUGGAGCCCCUCUCCGCCAAGAACCCCUCUCCUUCUGAUCCCCGGGAAGAUGAGGCAUUAGGAGACAUGGACUUAGACGAGAAGCCCCUCCCUCUCUCCCUCCUGGCCAAAGUAGCGAAAGCAGUGCGGCCCUGCUCUUCCUCCUCCUCUCCGGUCUCUUCUCCGGCUCCUUUUCGCUCUGGAUCCCCCUCCUCGGUGGUGAGGAAAGCCCCCAUCUCCUCUCUGCUGCCGGUGUCUUCCCCCUUACGUUCCCCCGAACGCAAGGCCGGGGGAAUGAAAGGCUUUAACUCCAACCUCUCCAACAAACCCAUCUGGGCGCCGCAGGAGAAUGACGCUCCGCUCAACCUCACGCUGGAGGUGGACCCCAACAAGGACAUCGUGUGCCACCUGUGCGGCGCCUGGUUUGAGACUCGGAAAGGUUUGUCCAGCCACGCCCGAGCCCACCUGCGGCACUUCGGGGUGGAGUACUCCGAAUCCAAGGGCUCUCCCAUCGACCUGCUGCACCGGCUCAUCGACACGGACGACUUCAAGCACAAAGCCGGGGCCAUGCACCUGGACAAUGGUCCGCGGUCCGCCUCCCUGCUGAGCCUCUCCUCCUCUUCCUCCUCCUCUUCAUCCCUCCUCUACAAGGUGACCACAGCUCGGGGGGGGGCCACGUCCAAAGCUACCUCAUCGUUACUCGGCCCACCUGCCAAGCGCAACAAGUCCUCCUCCAUGAGGGUCUUCCGCCUGAGCAGCGGGGAGCUCAUGGCCCUGCCGCACAGCGAACCUCCGAAGGAAAUAGGCUGUGAGUUCUGCGGAGAAUACUUUGAGAACCGUAAAGGCCUCAGCAGCCACGCCCGAUCCCACCUGCGUCAGAUGGGAAUCACCGAGUGGUCGGUCAACGGCUCGCCCAUCGACACCCUGAGAGAAGUCAUCACGAGACGAGGCCUGCCUUGUGCUCUUCCUCUGAAACCUCUCAAAUCUCCCCCUCACUCCUCUCCGGGACCCCCUCGUUCCCCCUUGCCCACCUCCUCCUCGUCUCCUUCCUCCUCCCUCCUCAGCCGUCUGCCCUUCGCCUUCGCCCGCCCUGCCAGUCCUCUUCAGUCUAAAUCCAGCUCCACUCCCCCCACCUCUUCUUCUAGCGGGCUGAUCCUGAAUCUGAAGCCCGAGCCGGUGCAGAUGGAGGUCACAGCUCCUGGAUCUGUUGGAAGGACGUCAGGAUUCUCCGGUGACGCUCUGAACUGCAGCUGGAGCAGCUCCGACAGCGUGUUCCCCCUCAACCUGGCCAUGUCCCAUGAGGUGGAGCCUACGAGGGAUAUCCGCUGCGAGUUCUGCGGGGAAUACUUUGAGAACCGUAAAGGCCUGAGCAGCCACGCCCGAUCCCACCUGCGUCAGAUGGGAAUCACCGAGUGGUCGGUCAACGGCUCGCCCAUCGACACCCUGAGGGAGGUCAUGCACAAACGAGGGGGGGGAACAUCCUCUCGAUCAGACCAGGGAGUGAAGAAGGAGUCGACUCCAGGAGCCAGCAGCCCUUUGUGGGAUAACAUCGGCAGUUCAGACGGUUUGGGCGUUUCUGGAUACCAGUUGUCUAAAUACCGUAAAUCUCCGCUGAGUUUGCUGCAGUCGGGGGGGUCGAGGCUCCACAAGCAGGGUCUGGGGUCUGCAUCUGCUACCCCUCCUGCAGGGAAGUUCUUCAGGGUGUCUCCACUGGGGAAAAGACCUCUUUCUGAGGAGGGCCAAUCAGUGGAGACCACCCAUUCUCUAAAGACUUUCUCACCUCUGACGCAUGAUUUCUCCUACAAAAGAAAACCCUCCCCGGACAAACACGGACACCAGGAUCCCAGUUGCGAGCUGUGUGGCUUCUACUUUGAGAACCGAAAGGCUCUGGCCAGCCACGCCCGGGCCCACCUGAGGCAGUUUGGAGUGACUGAGUGGUGUGUGAACGGAUCGCCCAUCGAGACGCUCAGCGCGUGGAUCCGCAGCCGGCCGCAGAAGGUGUUGGAGAUGCAUCGCAGCUACAUGCAGGGCACCCGCACCACCCUCAAGAAGAAGAGCAGCUCUCCUCUCACAACGGAUUCUGAUCAUAUCCUCCCCAUCUCAUCGCAGAAGACCUCCUCUUCCUCCUCCUCCUCAUCCUCUCAGUGGUCUUCUUCUUUCGCUGUGAGCCUGGUGAGGCCUCUGACCAGAGACGUCAGCCAAGGUUCUUCAAAGACCGCUGAAGGGGAAUCUGGUCUCGACCUAAACUCUCCGUUCAGACCCGAUCGUGGCAGCCCGUCGCGGCUCGCUGACUUCCCUCUUCAAGCUCAGGUGGCACGAAGUGAGCUUAACGUCCGCCUGCCCAGAGGUUUCGAGCGUCGACCCUUAAAGCACCCGUCGUGCCCUGAGGGAACGGAGAGCCCUCCUAAACCCCCCCGCACAGGCACCGUCCCCGCUCUGGUGCCCAAACCCCCGUCCUACCCACUGGUCAAACUGGUGGGGAAGUUCUAUACCCUGAAGUGCCGGUUCUGCGAGGUGGAGUUUCACGGCCCGCUCUCGGUGCAGGAGGACUGGAUCCGUCACCUGCAGCAGCACAUCCUCAAGAUGAACUACACCAAGCCUGCUGUGCCCAAAACCCCCUCCUCUGAACCCCCCACCCCAGUAAAUGACCCCCAGGCCUCCACCUCUACCUCCAGUACCUCCAGUACCCCCCCCACCCCAACCCCAACUCGCACCACGGCUCCGAACGUCCGAUCCCAAACGCCUCCUCUGGCCACAGAAACCUUAAAGGUCUCAGAGGAGCAGCCCACCCUUUCUCCAGCUCGUCUCCCCUUACCUACACAGACCGUGUAAAACCACCCCCUUGUUUUUCCUGCCUUUUUUAUAUUAUCUUUUCGUCCAUCUUUCCGUUGGCCUUCACAAAGUGUUGUUGCGGAGGAGUGCUCCCCCUCCAAAGAGCCCUAAGCACCUUUUUUGAAGCAGCUUUUCUAGACUGUUACUAAGUCCCGUUAGCAUAGGAACAAAGCUCUCCUCGACUAUCUGCGCACAGGGGAAGUCAUGAGGAGAGAGGAAGUGAUGUUUUGUGUUUGCCUUGUUUAUAUUGAAUGUCCAGGUGUUGACGUGGACCGUUGCUGUAUUCCCCCCAUAGAGUGGUGCAGGAAUGAGUCCUAAAACCCGGGAAUAAGAUGGCAUUUUGGCACUUCCUGUUGACUCAAAGUCAAUCGUUAUUUGAAUGGUUGGAUGCCUGAAAUAAGGUCUGUGGUUAACACAAGCUGAAGAUAUAUUCACAUUUUAUUCUGCUGCCAAAAAUAGGUCAGUUUAUACCCUACUUGUAAAUGUCUAAAGCUUUCACGCAAGUGGUUAAAUGGGACUACUAAUCGUCAUUACGCCGAACAUUAGCCGCUUUUAGCUUAGCGGUUGUGAUGUGAAGUCAUAUGACCGUGAUGUAGUUAUUUUAUAACCUAACAUUAGCAUUUUACUACUUAAAAAGGUGUUAAUAUGUGGAGUUUAUCCUGCUAGACAAAACAUGUAAGUAUCAUACAUUUGAGUUUGCCACAGAUUCUAUUUUCUGCUAUAUUUGAAAAUCCAAUUCUAAAAUACCACUGACUUUUUGUCGUGGGACAAUGCUAGCUUCGGGGUCGAUGCACCACUCUGUCAAACGGGAGAUUUCCGGGUUAAUGAAGCCCCUCCAUUCCUUUCCCUUUAUGAACAGUGGGUUUCUAAGAAUGGUGAGACCUUGACCAUUUCUAUUAGCCUCUCACCCCAAAGGUCCUGACUGAGAUUAGACAUUUAUAAUUAAGCUAGUCUUGCGGUUGAGACGUCAAACAUGUGGUAACACUUAUUUUGAAAACAGGCACUUUUAAUGUUUUAAAACAUUGUCACUUAGCACUUAUUGAAACGUCCAUUUUAAAUGGCCGAAUUAUGACUAAUUCCAAUUGAUUGAAGGAGCCAGUAGUGGAAGCACACCCAAAAAGGGAAAAUCCACCCCCUUGUAACUUGUAAUGUAACUAAUUCCCCCCAAAAAUAUACAUGUUGCUUGAAUGUAGCUUAAAGCACCUAUUAAUACCUUAUAUGCACAUAUUUGUACACAAUCAAGCCCCAUGUUGCGAUGCCAUUGAUAUAUUAUUUUUUUUAUGACGUUUCGACUCCAGAGCUGCUGUUAUUAUGAAGCUCCCGUUCUAAAUCGGAGAAGCAGGGCCAUAAAAAUGUCAAGGUUACUCUUUUCAAGUUCUUUCCAUUGACAGUGUUGCCAUUUUCUUCCUGCCUUUUUUCCCCCCAGCUCUACCCAAGUUUUUAUUUAUUUAUUUGUAUGCAUCUGAAUGUGGUAAGCUAGGUCAUUUUGAAGCUAAAGUAGAACUUUGGAAUGUUUGAAAAUAGGUCAGCGGUGCACUUUUACACAAGGGCAACGUGUGUGUGUAUGUGUGGUAGUUUGUAUGCUUUUGUACAUACAUAGCUAAUGUGCAUUGGUUUCCCAAUCGAGAGAGGAGGACGGAAGUAAACCUACUGAUGGGAAGCAGCUCCUUAGCUCAAAGCAGACUACAUGAGGGUCUGUUUGUAGUCUGAACGGGACUUAAAUGCAUCCGGCGUCAUGUUAAGGUGUGCCAAAGAGUCCGUUUACUUCCUGGUCUUGCCUCUGAAAAAAGCUGUUUACAUUGGACCUGAUGGUGGAGGAAACUCUGCACAGCUAUCGAGUUCCCACUGACAAACGGACGGACUAUCUGCAUCCACUACAUGCACACUGUUUUAGGGUUAGAUUAUUCCAAUUAAACAUGGAAGACAAACCAAACUUGAUUUUGAUCGGGGCUCUGGAGAACUGCUCGCCUUCGAUCCAAAAGCAGAAACCAGUUCUUCUUUCCCCGCUUCAGAGUGCGUUUAUAUCUACCCACGACUGAAGCAAAGGCUCCAUGUUUGUAACAUGACUGUUCGAUCCAAACCUUUUACGAAGUAUAGAAACUAUAUAACUACAUGUACUUUAAGAAGCUGUUGAUGCUAGUAGAGCUAUCAGCAGUUCUAUUAGCGAGGUAGUUAAAAGAAAAAAAAAAGAAGUGAUCUUAAUUCCUCUAUCGUGAUUUGAUUUCAACCUUUGUAUUUUUUAUUGCGCUGUGCAUUUCUGUAUUUGCAGUCCUGCAAAGGUGAAUCUUUAGAGUAUUUUUUAUUUUGUAGUCUCUCCAAGGUGCUGGUGAGAAUGUCGCAGGUCAGGUUGGCGAAUGACUGAACGUGAGGAAGACAUUUUAAUGUGAUUGUCACGUCCUGGUACGACCAGGACUCUAAUACGCAGGCCUUAAAGGGGAACACUUGUAGAGAUUUGAUCCCAUUCUGCGCUCACAGUAAUGGACGCUGCAGGUUUGUGGCUAAAUUCUGUGGAAAUACAGGCGAAAGAGUUCCCUUUAACGUUACCUGAACAAGCCUCCGCUGGUGUAACGGCUGUUUAGUGUGUUUGUAUGUGUGUGUAUGAGUGUAAAAAACACGGUGAGAUGACUUUAAAGAUUAAGCAGAGAAAGAAGCAGUAAAGGAUAGAAGCGUACUGUAAACAAAGGGUUACGUUUUAAGUUAAACUCCAGAACAAACAAUAAAUGUGAUUUCAAUUACACA